UCUCCGUUGCUACAGCAGUUGCACACGUGUUUGCUACAGUUUAGAUCUAUCACAAAAUUCUUACUUUGACAUAACAGUGCCAAUUUAGAAGUAUAUAACAUAUAAGGACGCUUUCGAAACGCUAUGCAGUCUUAGCCCCCUCGAAGUAUGUCUGUUGAGGAGGAGAAGGAAGCCGAAAUGUCUGACGACUUAAAUAGUCUAGAUAACACAGACAUGCUGAAGUCUGAGCAAGGGGGAAAAGAAAAUGCUAGUGGAGAUGUUGCUAAUGACGGAGACGUGGAAGAGAUUGACGAAGUGAUGGCAGGUGGACACGGUGAAGACGAGGAUCAAAAAGAUGAGGGUGAUGAAGAAACUCUGAAGGAGGAGAAAAAGAAAAAACUUAUGCCGGGCAUAGUUUACCUGGGACACAUUCCCCCGAGACUCAGGCCAAAGCAUGUGCGAAAUAUGCUUGGUGUGUAUGGAGAGAUCGGGAGGAUCUUCCUCCAGCCUGAGAACCGUGCUGUUCGCAGAAAGAAGAAGAAAGCAGGCAGUAAUUCAUCCAGUUUCACAGAGGGCUGGGUGGAGUUUAGGGAUAAACGGAUUGCCAAGAGGGUUGCGGCCAGUCUGCACAAUACGCCAAUGGGCAACCGUAAGAGAAGCCGCUUCAGCAGUGACCUCUGGUCUAUCAAGUACUUGCAUAGGUUCCAAUGGUGCCACCUGAGUGAGCGGCUGGCCUAUGAGCAGACAGUGUACCAUCAGCGACUCAGGACAGAGAUCUCUCAGGCUAAGAGGGAGACCAACUUCUACCUGGCCAGCGUGGAGAAGAGCCAGAAUCUGGACAAACUGAGGAAGAAGAAGGAGAAGAAAGGAGAGGCCAUGGAGGAGAAGACGUGGGACUUCAAACAGAGGCGGACGGAGGAGGAGAUACAAAAGAACCGGCUCAGCAAAAAAGGCGUAUCCAAAAAGAACCUCCAGAAAGCCCGGGACAUGGUCAAAGCCCACCAGGAAAAGGCCCAGUCCAAUGUGUCCCUGCUGGCUAAGAUCUUUAACAGGGGAAGAUCCGAAAACUGAGCAGAAAGCAGUGAUUUGGCCCAUUUCAGGAACGAUGUGAUACUGUAAGACAGUCAAGGGCCUUACUCCACCAUUUGUGGAUAUUAGGGUCAUUUCAGAUGAUUUCAUAUUGAAGAUGAUUUGGAGUCAAGACCUGUCAUGGAAACUUGGCAAAGUAUUUAUCUUGGCAAAAGACUUUGAUUGUUUUGGUCUUGUAUUUUUUAUGUGUGUAUAUUUCAUGCUGUGAAUAUGUUUUUGGAUAUGAAAACCCUAUUGCUUUAUCCAGUGAUCUGAUAUGUGGGGAAAACAGGUCCUCAACAGCAGAGCUCUACUAAACACACCCUAAUGUAGAGAGGAUAUGUAGAGAGCUUAGAAACAAAGACUGCACCACUGAGUAAGGAGUCUCUAUUACUAGAAAUUUCUUUUGAGUAUGGAAUAGAUGAUGACUAUUUUAGUUUAGCAAACUCUCUCUCUCUCCCUCUCUCUCAGUGUAGUUAGUUUUUUGGUCAAAUGUUUCAUAGUGCUAUUUAACACAGACCUGUAAACAA